AUGGCGGCGGCGGUCGCCGGCGUCGCGGCGUUGACUCCCUGGAUCAGCGUCGGCGUCUGCGGCUGCGCCGCGGUGGACGCGGCGUGGCGCUGCUUCGGGGACGGCGGGCUCCAUGCCCUUGUCAACUGCUGCUCCUUCGAGGGGGAAGUGCAAGAUUGCCUCAGCGUGACUGAAGAUGAGUACAACAAGACCAUGAAAGUCAAUGUAAUCACACCUUGGCUCCUGAUAAAGGCGAUAGCGAAGCGGUUCCGGGAUGCGCAGUCGGGCGGCUCCGUGGUUUGCUUGACCCAGAUCAUCGGCGCUGAGAGAGGAUUGUAUCCGGGGGCUGCGGCAUACGGCACAAGUUUAGGCGCCGUUCACCAGCUCGUCAGACUGUCGGCGAUGGAGCUCGGCAAGCACAAGAUCAGGGUGAACGCCGUCUGCCGCGGCCUCCACCUGGGGGACAAGUUCCCUCUCUCUGUUGGGGAGGAGAAGGCCGAGAAGGCGACCGGGGAGGUGAUGCCGCUGCGGCGGUGGCUGGACCCGGACAAGGACCUCGCUUCCACGGUGCUGUACCUGGUCGGCGACGACUCCCGCUUCAUGACAGGCACCACCAUCUAUGUCGACGGCGCACAGUCCAUUGUGCGCCCUCGCAUGCAUUCCUUCCUGUAGCAACAGCGGUUUGUGCAAAGGGAUCAACUGCCAUAAUUAAGCAGUCUCUAUGAAUGCAAUAAUUAACAGGGUUUAAGAUGGUAGAGUAAAGAUCAAAAUUGACAAAGAGUAUCCAGAAUCAACAUGAGUGGCACAGCAGGCCCUUCUUCAGAUUAAAAGACAAACGCAGAACCUUGCUGCACACAGGCAUCAAAGGAGUGAAAUGGAUUGAGUAGUCGACAUGUGGACCAAGCCGUAUCAAUGGCGUUCGGAGAGAACGGAGCAACCAACUACAUCCGCAUCCAGGGUAACGGCAUUACCGCCGGAGCGACGACGGAGGCGGCCAUGGCGGAGCGGGGGGUGGAGUCGGUCCUGUUCCGGAGGAAGAAGCUGAUGCCGCAGACCAACGACGAGCGGCUGGACGGCGUGGUGGAGCAGCUGGUGCGGGAUCCUCCGUGAUUCGGCCAUUGCCAUUCUCCACGGAUCUGGCCGUGGCCACAACCGACGCUGCCGGUUCCAUGGAGGAGCUCACCCCGGCCUUCUCCUCGUUUUCCUCCAUGGUCGGGUCUCCUGGUGGAGGUGCCGAUGCUGCCGGUUCCACAACGCAAGAGCCCGUGGCAACGCGGCAAACUGAAGUUGUUCGCCCGCGUCGCACAGGGCGUCUUUGGCGUCGCAGGAAACCCUACCUCGGGGUUGGCAUAGGGCAUCUCUGGCGUCGUAUGAAACCCCACCGCGGGGCUGGUGCAGGGAGUGGCCGACCAUCCCACCCUGCUGAAGCCGCAGGGCGUCUCUGCCAAGUCCAUGGUUGGCGAGUCCAAGGCCGUCUCUAUCCAGGCCUCCGUGGUCGAGGCGAACUGCACUAACAUCGAUGUCUGCCCUGAACUGUUUGCAUCUAAAAGCUCUUGUGACGAUGGAAAGUCUACCUCCAAGGGACCAAAAAAGAAAAUCGGUCCUAAAAGAUCUUCGCCUGACACAUCUACUCACGAUGACAGUGAAGUAUAUCAAGCUGGUGCUAAAAGAAGGACUCUUAACCCCUCUAUUCCUCAUAAGGAGAGCUUGGAGUCUGAAGAUUUUUCUGCAAAGUUUUCCCUGCAAAACUGAAGUUCAUGUCUCAUGUUUGGAUUAAUCACGGUGUAGUCUGAUGGUAAUUUGUCUACUUAGUGCAGUUUAUGUAUUCUUCCACAACUUCAUUUAAUGCUUUCAGAGUUAAAGUUUUGGGGAUAGUUUGGAUGUUAUACCCAAGGCAUUAUAAUUGCUCUAUAUUAUUCUUAAUUUCAUAUAUCAUCACCUUAGACUACUCGAACUGUCGGCCAUGCUUUGUGAUCAUGUGCGACGAGCAUAUUGUUCGGUGCUGCUAUUUUCCAUUCGCUGCUGGGUUGCUUCUACUCUCCACCAAUCUGUCAAGUAGCAAAGAGUAGGUUUGACCUCAAUUUCGAUGCAGACAUGGAUUGGGAUGUGAUGCAUGUACUUGCUAAUUAAGGGAUUUGGAUCUUGCCCUCAAUUAGAGUUCCCAAUCUCAACGAAGUGGGGUUUACGAAUUUUAUUAUUUUUUAGCUUGAAUGGACUGUAGCUUCGCUUAAUUGACUGACAGUUGUAUUUGACUGCAUAACUGGAUUAAUUGAUUUCAUGGCAGAUGCCGGUUUUGACCUUGGUUGAUCAUGCUUUGUUCCUUGUUUGGCCUGCAACAUAUUUUCUAUGCAUUCGCAGAAAUGGUAACUGAAUAAUUACUUCAUACUGCAGAACAUCUUGCUUAAUACCUGAGUCCCCGGCCCUUGUUGCUACAGGUUUAUCUUGGACAUGAUUCUCAAAGAAGAUACAGAUGUGCAUGCUUCAUAUCUUCUACACGCUUAUGCAAAGCAGGAUUUUAUUCAUAUUUUGAUGAGCUUAAUUUCUUAUGCUAAUGUUUGCUUCCGCCUGAAGGAUACAUAUGGUAUGUUUUGUGAGCGGUGGGUAUGGAUGAGGUGAGUGCGUCUGUUAGUGCAUCAUUUUUGUUGGAUACUUUAAUCUGUUAAGGUUGGUAUAUAUUGAGUGUUGAUGAUGACAUGUUUAUUUUGAUUGGCGUGGUUGCCUCAAAGUAAUGCCCUGCUACUCCUUGGGGGGCGUGAGUGAAGAUUUAUGCCUUAAGCAUAGGAAUGAGGGAGUAGGUAUCCAACAGAAUAGGCGAUGAUGCUAGGAGAAAAAGAAGACUUUGAUCUGGUUCUUCAAAGAGGUACAUCAAGGAACAAGUACAUGGUGCUACUCGAUGGUCAGCCAGAUUCUGACUAUUAUUUUGGGAUGCCAAAGAGAUAGCACAUGAUGUUCGACCGCUGGGGAAUUGAAGUAUAGUGCUUACCAAUAUACUGGCAUGUAUUUUUUUCUAAAGGAUAUAGUGGUUUCCUUUAGUUGAAAUACAUAAAAUUUUCACCCCCAAUGAUUCAACAAGAGUUGUUCAUUAAAAGUGUGUGGUCUCUUUCUUCAUCAAGAAUUGAAAUAUCUGUGCUAUUAUAACUCCAUGGAGAGCAAUAAUAUAAUUUUCACAAGGGGUGACCUUUA